AUGGCUGUUUCCCUUGACGUCAAGAACGCCUUCAACAGCCUUCUGUUCGAGACACUGAGAGAGGCGGUCCGGACAGGGUGGUUCUAUGGGAGGGAAGAGAAGGGAGGCUACACCUGCGGCGCGUCGGGUGUGGCGUUCCACAUGGGUCCGUGCUGGGCCCCAUGUUGUGGAAUGUUGGCUUUAACUGGCAGGACUUAUGAAGAGGCCGCGCGGUUGAGCACCAUAGUGACAUCUCUGGUCCGGUCUCUGAUCCAUCUGUUGGGCCUGAGGGUCUCUAUACACAAAACGGAGGCCCUCCUAUUCCAUGGCCCGCGCAGAGGCCGCCCUAGGGAGGCAAGGAUCACCCUUUUUGGGGAGAUGAUCAUAGUCAAGGCUCAGAUGAAGUAUCUGGGCCUUGUACUGGACGGGAGGUGGAACUUCAGGACGCAUUUUGCCCAACUCGCUCCGAAGAUGGUGGGUGCCGCUGCCGCCCUAGAGUGGCUCUUGCCAAAUGUAGGCGGACCAGGCUCGGUUUGCAGGCACCUGUACUCAGGAAUAAUCCGGAGUAUGGCCCUGUACGGCGCACCGGUUUGGGUGGAAGCUCUCACCGUUCGACUUAAACCCUUCUUGCGGAGGCCGCAGAGGGUCAUAGCGGUGAGAGCGAUCCGGAGUUAUCGCACGGUGUCGUGGACGGCGGCCACUCUUCUCAGUGACGGUGGAGGCAGUUCGCUAUGGACGACCGGCGAUAUGGGUCUCAGUCCUACAGAUUGGUGCAGGUUCUCACCGGACAUGGAUGUUUCGGCGAAUACCUGCACCGGGUUGCAGCGGCACUCCCUGUCCGCGGUAGUGGGCGGAGAUCUCUCGCUAUCGACCAUCGUGGGCGCGAUGCUCGACAGUCAGAGGUGUUGGGAUGCAAUGGCCUCCUUCUGUGAAAGCGUACUUUCGCACAAGGAGGCAUCGGAACGGCUCAAAGAGGACGACCCGCUCCGAAGACGGCAACUGGGGAGACGAAGGAGGCACACCCACCUUCUUCCCCCGCUGUAG